AUGGCUUCCCAGAAUACCCCAAUUCAUUCUGCCCCCGUCUUGAAUUUCCCCACCAUGUACGGCCAGAAGUCGAAGACUCAAAUUGAGGCACAAAUCGCUUCGAAUACGAACAAGGUCGAUGCCAAGUCCAACCCUGGGCAGCUUCGCAAGACGUCGGAAGAGAAGCUUCUCGAGAUCUACAACUGGGCCCGCACGAUGGAAAGCAAGGAAGAUGUGCGCGAUAUGCCGCGGGCCUAUCGUCUGACCCUUCUCGAGGGUCCCAAGGUCGAUCUGACCUGUGGCGGUGAGGUCGUUGGCGCAGUUCCGCUUCGGAUGCUUCUUGCUACCUCGCCAACUUUCCACAAACAGUUUCUCAUUGACCAGGAGAUCCCGACUGUCCGUGCCGUCCAUCCCGCACUUCGGGGCGCUUUGGUGUCUCUUGUCGAAUAUCUCAAGAACACUCUCACCAAGGCCAAAUGCUAUUACCUGAAGAAGACUACCUUCGAGGAUGACAUCGACCUCAUCCUGGCUGCAGAAUCCCUAGGUCUCGGCCGCUACGCAGCAAACAUUCGCAGCAUCUGGUGGAUCUAUCUCCGCACUCAGCCGGUUGAGAAGAUUGGCUUUGACAAGCUCCAAGCCCUUGAGACCCGCAUGGUGCCGCAGACCAAGGACUUCAAGAUGACGAAGAUGCUCAUCGAGCGCUUGACUCGCCAGUGGUAUCACUACCAGAUUGCGAACCUUACCGAGUUCGAUGCUUGGAUGGAGAAGCUUCCCAAGAUGCUCCACGCCAUGAACGAGCACGUCGACAAUUGGGACGCUAUUCGCGCUCAGAAGCAAGCCGCGUCCAAGCAGCGAAAGCAUGAGGUUGAGAAGAAGGCCUACGAUGAACAGCUCCGUGCCGCCCGGGGCGGACGCGCUGGCGGCUUUGGCAUGUAA